AUGGCCCAGUCCAUGUCUGGCCACAGCCAGGGCCUUUAUAGAAACAUGAUGGUGAAGGAGGUGGAGGAGGCCCAACGUGGCCUGUCUGGGACCUGUCUGAUCAACGUGGGAAACGCAAAACAAAUGCAAACCAGGAUCCAGAUGUCGCUGACCAAAGAGGAGUACUCUUGGUUUUCAGACUUCCUGAAAUUUAAGCACUGCCUCCCAGGGGGAAAGAAAGCCCGGUACUUCUUUUUCAAUUCCACCAACACUGAGAUGAAGAACCUGCCCGUCUACCUGAUGGAGGCGUGGAAGGAGAUGGGCCUGCCUGGACGCCCUACCUUCACUGACCUGCGGACUCCCAUCUUCAGUCAUGUUAAAAAAAACGUUCUCCCGAAUGCCGACGGGGAGACGUUGGCCGACUUCGUGCGCCACGACAGCCGGAUGGAAGCCAAACGUUACGCGGUGAAUCCUUCCAAAGCCGGUGAAACCAGCGCCUUCCGUGAGACAGGUGUUGAAGGGAGAAGAUACCGCACCACGGGCGCGGCAGAGAACCAGCCAUCCACCUCCAGAAAGCAGAAGACGAGAGAGGACGUCUCCGAGCGGAGCACCACCCCUGAAGAGACUGAGGUGCAGUACUAGGAGUCUGGCACGUCCCCCCGGGGAAGAGGAGCAGGAACGGACGGCCAGACAAACUCUAGGAAAAUAAGAUAUUCAGAGACAACGCAUCAGAUUACACUUGUACACCGUUUAACACUCAAGAACAAACAGAUACUCGGGCAGCUGGUGGUCUCCUCCAACUGAAUGUCGUCGCUCGCCUCCCACUGUGUCAGGUUCUGAGACACACCACUCAGACACACCACUCAGACACACCACACAGACACACCACACAGACACACC